CCUAUAGAUACUAGUAUUAUUGCAGCAUUCAAGCUUCAUUAUUAUCAUAUGCAACUUGAAUAUGCAAUUGAUUGUAAUAAAGCUAGAGAAAGCAAUAUAUACAAAGUUGAUCAAUUGCAAGCUAUGAGAUGGAUAAAG